AUGUCAUCAUUACAUUUGCCGUAUUUUGCUGAGGGGACCGUUGUGUCCGGCUUUGGAAGAGGGAGCAAGGAACUUGGCAUCCCCACGGCCAAUUUUCCGGACGAUGUGAUCCAGAAGCUGCCUGCAGACUUUGAAUGUGGCGUGUAUUAUGGGUGGGCAAAGAUCAACAAUGACGAGAAUAUUUAUCAGAUGGUGUUGUGUGUUGGCUGGAACCCAUACUAUCACAACACAGUGAAAACUAUGGAAACUCACAUCAUUCACAAGUUUGACCACGAUUUUUACGGGCAGCACCUAAAGACCAUCAUUCUAGGCUACAUCAGGCCCAUGUGUAACUUUGAAUCAUUGGAUUCUCUAAUAGCUGCGAUACACAAGGAUAUAGCUGAUGCUGUUGAACAUUUAAAAGAGCCUGAAUGUUUGAAGUACUCACAGCAUCCAUUCUUUUCACAACCACCUGCAGUAACUUCACCAGAGAGAGCACUAAUAGAACGCAGUGGUAGCUCCAAACCUGACUUAUCCUCAAACUGCUACAGUCAAGAGACUGGCUUAUUAAAUGGUGAUAUUUCUCUCAUAUCUAAACAAAGCUCUCCACAAAGAAUGGAAGUUACCUUUGUUGGCAAACAGAUUUUAAAAAACUGA